AUGGCCGCCGUAGGGAUUGAUCUCCUGCGCGUCAUCGCGUAUGGCAACCUCCAGCUGAAGAAGCAGCAAGAUGCCAAGAUCAGAGCGCAGCUUCAAUACUGGCGUUCACGGCCUCAUCGCCAACCGGGAAUCUACAUGCUGGAACUGGUCCACAGAGACACCAAACAGUCUCUUUCGGUCAACCAACUGAAGUUCGUUCUGCGGAAGGCAAUCGAUUAUGUCGAGCUGCGCGAUCACAACGCGGCGUUCUUAAUCGACAACGCCUUCAAACGUACCAGUGCUGCAGAUGUCUUGAACGGCGCGCGAAGGUACAUGAAGGCACCCAUCCAGUCGCAGACCUUCUUCCAGUUUGCACACCACGUGGAGCAGAUGUGUGCAAAGAUUCCACAGAAUCGGUGGGAUGAGCCGAUGGCACAGCCAAUGCGUGAAGUAGGAUACGGGCAGUAUGCCAUUGGGCGUAUCGGCGACCAUAACUCCCACAAUAGCUCAAACUACCUCAUGGGUCUGUUUGAUGCUAUCUGCAAGGCGUUUGAGCAAGAGCUGGGUGGCAGGUAUACAAUCAUCGGGGAGGUGAUUUUCCAGUGCUGGGACGAGGAACAGUGCUGCCCUGCCGAGGAACUCUUUACCUGCAUUGCCCAGGCCGACAUUGCCAGUGGUCGUGGCUUUUGUCACUCGGAUGCAGGAACCACGGCAAUGAAGGCGGAAGGUGAUGAGCAGUUCGAUUGGGACGAAAUCCGAAUGGACGCUCUCAAGACUUCGCCUUACCUCGCCAACAUGAGGGUCGAGCUCAAAGUCAUCCAGCAGGUGAAGGAACUUCAAGAUCAGUUGCCGGAUCUUGAAGCUCGGCUGGAGGAGCUGGCGAAUAUAGAACUGCCAGACGACGACGACGACCUGGAUGAGACCGCUCUUCAGAACCGGUUGAACUCCCAGCAGGCUGAGAUUGCCAGGAAUGAGAAUAUCAUGGAUGUUCUCAAACGAGGCGACCAGCUCAUGAGACGGCUUGGGAUCUAG